CAUGCGUGGCGCAGGCGCGAUCGGUAGUCUGACUCGAAUGCAGUUGCUCUCCGAGAACUUUCCAUGGCUCUAGAUCGUUGUUAGCAAGUAGUAACGCCAGUGUAGUCUUCUCCGUUUUCGCCCCUUCCUCAUGUAGCCUCUCAUUCACGCGCGUUCUAACGUUACUUCCAAACAAAUCGUACCGAAUCCUUUGCAAAAAGAACAAAAAAAAAAACAAAAUAAAGAAAAAGAGAAAAGCAUACACUCGUGAAAGAAAAGUGUGGAAAUCGCGUCAUCCGUGUGGUGGCGUCGGUACGAUAUACACAACGCGACAAACAUUAGUCUUUAUUGUCGUUUCCUAUUGUUUCCUAUCUUCAAAUAAUCCAACGUGUAUCUAGACGGGCAUUUAUUACGACGAGAUAAACGAGAAUGGAUGUUGAAGAGGGAGAGGCGAAAAUGUGCAGGCUUUGCGGCCAAUACGAGAGAAUUUACAUCGACGUGUUUGGUGAGGAGGGCGUCAAACGUUACCUGGGCCUUAAAAUCCACCGAAAAAUCAACAUCCUGAUAGAUGAGAGGGAUCCUCUGCCCAAGGCGAUCUGUGUUCAAUGUCUGGGCAAGCUUGAAUUCGUUUGCGACUUUCAAGAGGAGUGUCUGCGCACCCAACAUGUGUUACGCAAUCAGUACAAUCUACCGCCUUUAACAGAGUCUGCGGAAGUAAAGAACGAAGAAUCAGCUUCCUCGGCGGGCACAUCGUCUACGGAUAAUAACAACAGUAUUGAAAAAAAUCUUAAUUCCACUAGAGGUAGUCAAGCGGAAGAGAACCAGAAUGAAGCUAAUGUCGUUGUCAUCGUCAAGGAUUCGGCGGAGCAGCAAAAGAAGAAAAACACCGUUUCGAAGACUUUGAGGAGCCUUCGCAGUCAACAACAACAACAACAACAACAACAACUUUCCAAAGAUAGCGAUGAAACUAAUAUAGAGAAAAAUGUACAGAAUCAAAGUAUAACAGAAACAUCGCCAAUUCGCCAUUGGCUUCGAAGUAGACAAAGCGCGGACUCGUCAUCGUCAUUAUCUGCAGCGGACAACGAGGAGACUCCAAUCGCGAAUAGACUGAGAAGUCACAAUAGUGUAGAAAAUAAUAUCAACGCUCGUUCAGUAAACGGUAACGGUAACGUCAACGAGAAUAUGGAUAAACAGACGUCGAAACAACAGCAGCAGCAGCAAGAUUCAUCAUCGACGAUUCAGCUGCCGACCUCGGCGUUCGAUAAAUUAUUAACGAUCGUUUCUGGUUCUCCUGAUAUCGAGGUUUCCGUAAAGGAGACGAGAAAUCGGAGUAACGAUGCCGAAGAUAUCAGUUUUACGGUGGAGCUGUGUAAGAAGCAGAAUGACGAUGUCGCGACAGCGCGAGCGCGAAUCUUUCCGGAUCAAGGCUAUUGUCUUGUCGACACGGCGAUCGUAAAUCUGCUGCAGAACGACAACAGCGUAGAGGUAAAUGGCAUUAUCAGUGGUAUUCUCAGCGGGACAUCCACGAAGAACGGCAGUGGGGCAGCGGCGAAGCUUAAAGAUCUGGCGGAGCUGGAACAACAGCUGGAGGCAACGCAAAAUCCGGAGGAGCUCUUCAAGAUCGACGGCGAGGAGAUUAAAGUGGACGACAACGUGGAGCACGUGGUGAACGGUACGCAAAACGGUUAUGCGUGCAAGCUCUGUCGCAAGUUUUAUGAGCGCCGAGAUAAAUGCACGGUGCAUGUAAAAACGCAUCUCGGGAUCAAACAGUACACAUGCGUCGUCUGCAACGCCAAAUUUGUUUGCAAGUCCGACGUGAUGAAGCAUAUCCGAUGCUCGCACACCAAUCCGAGGCCUAUACAGUGUCCCAAGUGUCCGAAACGAUUUAAAUCCAAAUUUUAUCUGGCCGAACACGACAACGUUCACAAAGGCGUGCGACCGUACAGCUGUACAAAUUGCGGACAGAGCUAUCACCACAAGGUUUCGUUACAAAUCCAUAUGAAGUCGCAUUUACCACCGCAGAAUCUCGCAUGCGAGUAUUGCGGUAAAGUCUUUCCGUUUCGUACGCGAUUACUCGGCCACAUCGCGAGCGUUCAUAUGAAAAAACGACGAAAUUUUCGCUGCCGCUUCUGUUACAAUCUCUACUCCAGCUUGUCGGUGUUGAACGAGCACAUUAAGACGCGUCACGCGACCACGUAUACAUGCGACACGUGCGGCAAGACCUUUAAGGUCGCUUCCAAAUAUAAGGCUCACGUGCUGCAACACUCCAAUCCCAAACCGUUUGUGUGUAACGUCUGCAACAAUCGUUACGCGUCCAAGGCAUUUCUCAACGAGCACCUGUUGAAGCACGAAGGCUUGCGCAAGCACGUGUGUCAGGAAUGCGGCGCGAAUUUUGCACAAGCGAGUCAUCUGGCCGCUCAUCGCCACGUACACGGUGAGAAGACGCACGCUUGCCCCGAGUGCGGCAAGAAGUUCAAUCGUCGCGACAACAUGAAGGUACAUCGGAAGCGGCACUUUGAGGAGAAGAAGAUUGGCGCGGCCGGCAAGCAAAAAGGCACGUCCGACAAUAACGACUCGGCAACCUCUACCGCAUCGAUUAAUGAGAAAUACUUUUUAUUUAAAAGAAGUGAAGAACCUCUUAUUCUUUUAGAAGGUUCGAUCAAGGAAGAUGACAGUAUGCCGCAACAAAUUUGUACACUUUGCUUUGAAAAGUUAAAUUUUACGUGCGCAUUCUACGACAAUUGCCAUGAAAUUCAAAAGAAACUCUGGUCUACUAUUGAGGAAACCAACGACGAUAAUAACGUUGAGGACAAAGAAAACACUAUAUCGCCAAGGAGCAACGUGAAUAAACGUCAGAUAAGGACCUUGUCGGAGAAUUUGAGCAAAAACACUCAUUUGACUAACGCAGGCUCGCUGAUUAUCAAUGAAUCAUUAAAAAAUCAUAGUCGUGGAAACUACCUUAGACGAAGCUGUUUACGCGAAAUUUUCCCGAAUGCCACAAGUUUUUGGGCGCAACAACAACCUGUCGGCAUCCAGGAGAAUAAACGAAAUGCUCUAGCGCAGAAAGAGACAGUGGGUGUUGAAAAGACGGUGAGGCAGGAAAUCGACAUCAAGAAGGAGUACUUAUUAUCUGAAAAUUCGAGCUCAAGGAUAUUACCUGCUUCUUUGCUCAAUAAUUCAACAUUAUGUGUUCAUUCCUUGGAUUGGUCUCUUAGGUCAUGCGAAGCAGACAAACCCAAGAAUGUCACGAAUAUUGCGGUAAACAACAGUCCACCGCCUGGUGAUGAGGCAGAAUCAAAUAAAAGCAGCAAUUUUGAAUCUAGUAAACUCGCGGUGCCGGAUAAUAUCGGAAAGUCUCUUCCGAUUGUUCCAAAUGCACCAAAAAAAGCUUGCCCUCUUGAAUCGAAUACGAUCUUUCUCCACAAUAACGAGAGCACUGCUCUAUCUGGAUCGUCAUCGAUAAUCAACGAAUGCAAGGUGAGACGCAAGUGCAGCAAAAUUUCCGAGUUGAUUACCGACGAACAAAAACAAAUCAUAGAAACAUAUUAUCUGGUAGACGUAGACAUUAUGAAAAACUAUGCAGAGGAGGUGCGGAACAACAUAACAGUACGGGAUAAAAAUAAUAUCGAGUGCAAUAUUUGUCCUGCAAAAUAUUCUAGACUGGAUAAGUGUGAGGUGCAUAUCUGGGCGCAUCUUAACAUCAAGCCGUACAAAUGUAAAAAGUGCAGCUUUUCGACAGUGACUCUUAGUAAUAUUCGCUGUCACAUUAGAAAAAGUCAUUUGAAAAUUAAGCCGUUUGCUUGCCAAUUGUGUUCGAAACAAUACGCGACUUUUGCACUUUUGAAGGAGCAUGUCAAUAGUCACACUGGCGUACGACCAUAUAAAUGCGAAAUGUGCAAUUUUUCCAGCACUAGCCGACAGGCCUUGAGCAAUCAUAUGGACAUCCACAUGUCAAGCAAGGAUAUUCCUUGCAAUAUUUGUGACAAAACCUUUCACUCACGCUUAAGGAUGCGCGCACAUAUGCGUAUUCAUAAUGACAACAAUGUGACAUGUGAUAUUUGUCGGGCUCGCUUGUCGAAUGAGAAAGCUCUGGAAGCACACUGUAAGAAAGUGCACGUACAGGAUUAUAUCUGCGAAAUAUGUAAUAAAGUGUACAAGUCCAGAAAAGCUUUGCAUAAUCAUAUGAAUGCUCACAAAGAGGCUAAAUAUAAAUGCACAAAAUGCCCUAAAGCAUAUAAAAGUAAACAUAUUUUGAACGAGCAUCUCCUGAAACACGAGGGUAUCCGAAAAUACAAAUGCUUCGUUUGCGAAAAAUCGUUUGCUCAACAAUCGCAUUUGGCUGCUCAUAAUAAAGUGCAUAAUCCGCCCAGUUAUGAAUGUCCGGGUUGCGGCAGGAAGCAUAAUCGCCGCGACAAUAUGAAAACACAUAUGACGCGAUGCAAAUCCAUCGUGCCAAUCCAAAUAACCGUCCAAUGUGGGCUUCGACCGACAAAAAAUUGAGAAUAUUUCCUAUUUUGCAAGAGAAAUGACGAUGUUUUCCAAAUUGUAUAGAAUGGAACUACUCUCACUCAGGAAUUGGUCUAUUUGUUGGCAAAUAAUUUGGAUUUUCAUACUGCGGGAAAGAAACUACUGCACGAGAGAUUUCCCUUUCUCGAAUUCAGCAUGUUCAACCAUCCCGAAGUGACACGCGAAUUGCUUGAAAUUAAUAAAGGC